UUGAGAAGUGAUAUGGCGAUGAUGAAUGGUUCCGAGUGUGAUAGGGCAGUGGUGAACGUAUACACGACAGCAUCCACAGUGGAGCAGUGCUCGCGCACCGAACUUCUGGCCUUCGUCAACAGCUUCAUCGGGACAAGAUUCACGCAUAUUGAGGAGAUGGCCACGGGAGCUGCGUAUUGCCAGCUAACGGACGUGCUUUUCCCGGGUAGAUUACCGCUUAAAAAGGUGAAAUUCAACUCGAGCAAGGAGAGUGAUUGGAUUUCCAACUGGCACAUUCUGCAAAUGGUGUGGGAUAGAAUCGGAGUGCGAAAGAAUGUGCCUGUUGAACGUCUAAUUCGAGCGAAAUUUCAAGACAACUUGGAGUUCCUUCAGUGGUUCAAGAAAUUUUUCGAUGCAAACUACAGCAGACAUUUGCCUGAUGCCUUCAGCCUAAAAACUGGCCGGGUAUUUUCUCUUUUUUUUUUGUUUGCUUUUUUGUAUCAUCUCAGUAUUAUUCAUCUUGUAAGUCAUUUGCAUGAGAAUGCUUCUUGA